AUAAUUUGUGCAAUUAUGUUUAAAGUGAUAUACAUUAGAAAUGCAGAUCCAGUCUUCUUCACAGAGUUGGACGACAGAUUAUAAAAUUGCCUAAGAAAGCUGGGAGUAGAUGUAAUAUAGGUCGAAUUAGAAGAACUCUAUUUUGAAUGGGAAGCUGGAAAAAUCUCUUUCUACAAUAAAGGAGAGUUAAUAGACUUUGAUGGUGUUAUGAAUUGGGGUUACAUGAGUCCUAAACAUAUGUAGGACUUUAACUAUUUCAUCGAAGCAGCAGAGAGUGCUGGCAAAGUCACUUUACAUUCCACUAAUGCUGAAAAGAUAUUACAAAGCAAAUUACUAUAAGGACUCAGAUUUGCUAAACAUGGAGUACCUAUCCCUAAAAGUAUGGCUGCUUUUACAGUGAAUGCAAUUAAAUAAACUGUUAGAUCUAAUUUUACUUAAUAAGAAAAGGGAGUUGUAAAGGCAUUAGAUGGAUAUGGUGGAGAUGGAGUAUAACUAGCCAGAGGUUAAGAUGAGAUAAUUAGCAUGGCUUCAAAGGAGGUUUGGAAGAAUCAUUAAUCCGUAAUAUAGAAAUUCAUUCCUGAUUCAAUUGGAAGGUCAGUAAGAGCCCUCUGUAUGAAUGGUCAGUUAAUUUUAGCUUGUGAAUUUAGUGAUACAGGAUCAGACUUCCGAUCAAAUAAUGGUUAUCAUGAAUCAUUGAAAUUAGUCAAUAAGAUGGAUUAAUUCAAAAGAUACGAAGAAGUUGCUCUUAAGGCAGUUAAUGCAAUUGAACAAAAUCUAACUAUUGGAGGGGUUGAUAUCUUAGAUUCAGAAGUUCACGGAUUACAAGUUUUGGAAGUUAAUGGAUGGUCAGACCUUUGGGACUCUGAGAGAAUAACUGGAAUUGACACAUUCUAAAAAGUGGCAGAAAGUUAUCUAGCCAGAUUAAAAAGACAUUAUCACAAGGAAUGAAGAAUGAUUAUUUAGUAAAUAGAAGUUCAAUUAGAUUUUUUAAUCCAAAAAA